ACUCUAAAGUGUUCUGUCUGGCCACAUUGGGCUGUCAGGAACAUCUUUGUCAUUCGACAAGGUUACUCUCAGUUCAUCUGCAAUUUCCCCAAGAGUUAAAAUGCCUCCGCGAAUUCUACUCCUUUUCCUUUCCCUGAUUGCCUCAGUGGUUGUGAAUUCCUGUGAGAUUGCUGACAAAGCCAGGUAUGAUAAUUACCGGCUUUACCGCUUUCAUCUGGCCACAGAAGACCAAGUAAAAAUCAUGCAGGAGCUGGAAGAAAAGAGCGACAGCUACAUUUUCAUUGGUCAUGCCCGGCACCCCAAUCAAAAUCUCACAGUUAUAGCUGCUGCCCACAAAGUACCAGAGAUUGAGGAUUUGUUCGAGAGGUAUCAAAUGUCCCGCGAAGUGCUGGUGUACAAUAUUCAGGAGAAGAUUGAUGAUGAAUGGGAUAAUGUUCUGCCGAAGAGAACUCCUGGAUAUCAACUGGACUGGGUGCAUUACUUCCAUCUGGAGACCAUCAAUCAAUGGUUGGAUCUUAAGCUAAAGGAUCAUGAUGAUCUGACUCCAGUUGUAUUGGGAAAUAGCUAUGAAGGAAGACCCAUUAGGGGAGUCAAACUUUCCCGGGAGACUGGAAAUACUGCGGUUUUUGUUGAAGCUGGAAUCCAUGCCAGGGAAUGGAUUUCUCCAGCCACGAGUACUUACCUCCUGAACCAACUCCUUACUUCUAAAGAUACCAGAGUACAGGAACUCGCUCAGAACUACGACUGGUUCUUCUUCCCAGUCGUGAAUCCUGAUGGAUACGUCUACACAUUCGAGAAGGAUCGCCUUUGGAGGAAGAACCGCAAGCCUUAUGGACUCUGCAGAGGUGUAGACCUCAACAGAAAUUUUAACUCAUCCUGGAAUGGUCCAGGAACCAGCCCUGAUCCCUGCCGAUAUGAUUUUGCCGGAAGUUCAAUUAACAGUGAACCUGAAGCUGAAGCCAUUUCUCGGUGGCUUAAGGAACAUGUCAAGGAAGCCCGUAUCAAGACUUUCUUGAGCCUCCAUUCGUACUCCCAGCUUCUGAUGUUCCCUUUUGGUAGUACAGAGGCCAAAGUAAAGAACUACAAUGAUCUUAGAGAAAUCGGAGAGAAGGCUAUUGAUGCCUUAGCUAAGGUUCAUGGAACCAAAUUUAAGACUGGUAGCAUUAUCGAAACAAUUUAUCCAUCAAGCGGUGGAAGCAGUGAUUGGGCUUAUGAGGAAUUAGGUAUAGAUAUCUCCUACACCUUCGAACUUAGGGGACCUCCAGAUAGCAUAGAUAUGUUCAUCUUGCCAGCUAAUCAAAUUACUCCCGUUGGCGAGGAAACUCUUGAAGCAUUUAUCACAAUCAUGGGAGCAGCUCAGGAUAAAGGAUACUACAAUUGAUACUACUACGAUUUGUCAAUGAACAAGAACAAAACCAAUAAAAAGAAAUUAUGAAAAUUUACUCAGUGUUGUGGAUAGGGUCGUUAUGCCUUCAAAUCUCGACGAAUAAUAUAUUAAAUAGUCUCUAAUUUAGAGGAAAAGAAAGUAGGUUUCACAUGGGUUUAAGACUGAAAAGCACAAUAAUCUACUCGAAGCCCCUACGCAACUAAUUGUACUGGAAAGGCCAUAAUAAAAUGUAUAAUUGUCAGAAUUUUAA